GUAAACCAGGACGUAAACACAAAGGACUGAAGUAAUUGGCUGACAGCUUUCCCGGCGAGAAUGCAGCUGUGACCCCUGCGCCUCUCGCGCCAAAAUGGCGCUUGUUACGGGAGUUAUCCGGCGGCUGGACGAGACUGUGGUGAACCGCAUCGCGGCGGGGGAAGUUAUCCAGAGGCCGGCUAAUGCCAUAAAGGAGAUGAUUGAAAACUGUUUAGAUGCAAAAUCCACAAGUAUUCAAGUGGUUGUUAAAGAAGGAGGCCUAAAGUUGAUUCAGAUCCAAGACAAUGGCACUGGGAUUAGGAAAGAAGAUCUGGACAUUGUGUGUGAGAGAUUCACAACAAGUAAAUUACAGUCCUUUGAGGAUCUAGCUAGUAUUUCUACCUAUGGCUUUCGGGGUGAGGCAUUGGCCAGCAUAAGCCAUGUAGCACAUGUUACAAUUACAACCAAAACAGCUGAUGGGAAGUGUGCAUACAGAGCAAGUUACUCAGAUGGAAAGCUGCAGGCACCUCCUAAACCAUGUGCAGGCAACCAGGGUACCCAGAUCACGGUGGAGGACCUUUUUUACAACAUAACCACAAGGAGGAAAGCUUUAAAAAAUCCUGGUGAAGAAUACGGCAAAAUUUUGGAAGUUGUUGGCAGAUAUUCAAUACACAAUUCAGGCAUUAGCUUUUCAGUUAAAAAACAAGGUGAAACAGUAGCUGACAUCAGAACACUACCCAGUGCCACAACUGUGGACAAUAUUCGCUCCAUCUUUGGGAAUGCGGUUAGUCGAGAACUGAUAGAAGUCGAGUGUGAGGAUAAAACUCUAGCUUUCAAGAUGAAUGGCUACGUGUCCAAUGCAAAUUACUCUGUGAAGAAGUGCAUUUUCUUACUCUUCAUCAACCAUCGUCUGGUAGAAUCAACUUCCUUGAAAAAAGCCAUAGAAACAGUAUAUGCAGCAUAUUUGCCCAAAAACACCCACCCAUUCCUGUACCUCAGUUUAGAAAUCAGCCCUCAGAAUGUGGAUGUCAAUGUACACCCCACAAAGCACGAAGUUCACUUCCUGCAUGAAGAGAGCAUCCUGGAGCGGGUACAGCAGCAUAUUGAAAGCAAACUCUUAGGUUCCAACUCUUCCAGGAUGUACUUCACCCAGACUUUGCUUCCGGGACUUGCUGGCCCUUCUGGGGAGGUAGCUAAGUGCACAGCUGCUGUGACCGCUUUGUCUACAUCUGGAAGUGGUGACAAGGUCCAUGCUUACCAGAUGGUCCGCACAGAUUCCCGGGAACAGAAGCUUGAUGCCUUUCUGCAGCCUGUAAGCAAGGUCCCCAGUCAGCCCCUGGCCACUGUUUCAGGGGAUAGAACAGACGUCUGUAAGGGUGAGGCCAGGCAGCAAGAUCAGGAGAUGCUUGAACUCCCAUCCCCUGCUGAAGUGGCUGCCAAGAAUCAGAGCUUGGAGGGUCCAGCAGUCGAGGGGGCUUCUUCAGAUACAGCACAAAAAACAGUACCACCUUCCAGCCCAGGCAACCCCAGGAAGAGGCAUCGGGAAGAUUCUGAUGUGGAAAUGACAGAUGAUUCCCAGAAGGACAUGACAGCAGCUUGUACCCCUCGGAGAAGGAUCAUUAACCUCACCAGUGUUUUAAGUCUCCAAGAAGAAAUCAGUGAACGGGGACAUGAGAGGCUUCGGGAAAUGCUCUGUAACCACUCCUUUGUGGGCUGUGUGAAUCCUCAGUGGGCCUUGGCUCAGCAUCAGACCAAGCUAUAUCUUCUCAACACCACCAAACUUAGUGAGGAGCUAUUCUACCAGAUUCUCAUCUAUGACUUUGCCAAUUUUGGUGUUCUGAGGUUAUCGGAGCCAGCCCCUCUCUUUGACCUCGCCAUGCUUGCCUUAGACAGUCCUGAGAGUGGCUGGACAGAGGAAGAUGGCCCAAAGGAAGGACUUGCUGAGUACAUUGUUGAGUUUUUGAAGAAGAAGGCAGAGAUGCUUGCAGACUACUUCUCUUUGGAAAUUGAUGAGGAAGGGAACCUGAUUGGAUUACCCCUCCUGAUUGACAACUAUGUGCCCCCUUUGGAAGGACUGCCUAUCUUCAUUCUUCGGCUGGCCACAGAGGUGAACUGGGAUGAAGAAAAGGAAUGUUUUGAAAGCCUCAGUAAAGAAUGUGCUGUGUUUUACUCCAUCCGCAAGCAGUACAUAUUGGAGCAGACAGUCCUCUCGGGCCCACAGAGUGAAGUGCCUGGUUCCAUCCCCAAAUCCUGGAAGUGGACUGUAGAACACGUUGUCUAUAAAGCUCUCCGCUCACACCUUCUGCCACCUAAGCAUUUUACAGAAGAUGGUAAUGUCCUACAGCUUGCCAACCUGCCUGAUCUAUACAAAGUCUUUGAGAGGUGUUAAGUGUGGUUCAUUUAUGGACUCUGGGGUCUUUUAUUCUUCCUCUGUGUCCCAGUGUUGUUGGUGAAGAGACAUAAGGUAAAAGAUUUUCAUUUGCCUUGUAGCACCCUUUCAUGUCUAAAUUGACGACAAAUAAAUUGUCAAAUGUG